CAAAGCUUGGCGUACGGUUCGAUGUCUCCUAGUUUUCCGUUGUCCAUCUCGUUGUGCGGUCAUUUCGUUCGUCUGAGCUCGACAAAACCAUGAAGGGUGUUGGAAGCGUACGGAAUCAGUACCUGGCCACGUUCUGCGUGAACCUUCUGACGGUCAGCUAUGGAUUCGCCUGUUCCUGGACAUCGCCUUCGUUUCCGAUACUGAUGUCUGAAGAUACUCCGCUGGCCAGUGGACCGAUCACGUCGGAGGAUGGUUCUUGGAUUGCUGCUCAGUUAUGUGUAGGAGGCUUGAUUGGGAAUCUACUUGCCGGCUGGACGGCGGAAAGGUUCGGACGAAAACUUACAGCUUGUAUGGCUGCAGUGCCUCAGAUUAUGAUGUGGCUGAUGGUAAUUCUGGCGGACAACGUUUACUACCUGAUGGCAGUUCGCUUCUUCGGGGGAUUCUCCGGUGGAAUGUGCUUCAUGGUUGUGCCGACAUUCAUUGCGGAGAUUUCCGAAGACCGUAUCAGAGGCCUGCUAGGUUCGACGCUCGUGUUAUCAAGCAACUUGGGUAUUCUGAUCAUGUACAUCGUAGGCGCCGUGUUUGACUAUGGGACUGUGCCCUAUGUGCUGCUUCCUGUGCCGUUGAUCUUUCUGGUGUGUUUCUGGUGCAUGCCUGAGUCACCAUUCUACCUUAUGAAGAAAAAUGAUUACGUUAGCUCCGAGCGUUCACUUCGAUUCUACCGCGGCUUCAACAAAGGAUCAUCACAACAGCUAUCGGAAGAGUUCCACAUCGAGCUCGUAAAGCUAAAAGACACCUUCAACGACGACAAACGUCAAUCCGAGAGUGACAAAAUAACCUGGUCCGAUCUUACUACUCGGCAUGCUCGGAAGGCCUUCCUUAUCGGAAUCUGUUUGAUGGCGCUGAACCAGUACUGCGGCUGCUUUGUCAUGCUCAACUACACGGCUACCAUAUUUGAAGAGUCCGGAUCGAGUAUGGCUCCCAAUACGGCUGCCAUGAUCAUCGGUACCAUCCAGAUGUUCGGCUCGUAUCUUUCGACAAUGCUAGUGGAAAGAGCUGGACGGAAACUGUUACUUAUAAUUUCGUCCAUAGGGAUCGCUGUCGGAAUGAGCAUUUUCUCAGCCUACUCUUACGUGCAGCUACUGGGCUACGAUGUCUCGCUGUUUGAUUGGUUGCCUUUGGUGUGUUUUUCGUGGGUCAUUUUCAUCGGAUCCUUCGGAGUGUUGACAGUACCGUUUGUGGUGCUUGCCGAAUUGGUACCUCAAAAGAUAAAGUCAUUUGCGUUGUCUUUCUGUAUGAACUCCUUGUGGGUGUUUGCAUUUCUCGCUAUGAAGUACUUCUCACCGCUGUCCGAAGCGCUAGGCAUGCACGGGAUUCUGCUGCUGUUCGCAAUCUUUUCACUAGCGGGAGCGAUUUUUGUUGCUAUCAUGGUACCGGAAACGAAAGGAAAAAGCUUCGAAACAAUCGCUAGGCUUAUGAACUAAACUUUUAAAGAAUAU